UGAAAAUACUGUUUUACCUCAUUUAUGAGAAUUUCUGUUUAACAGACAGCCGGUCGUUUGUUAAAUAAAAGAGACGCUGGUAGCUCCAGUAUGAAUAUCUGUCGAAUAUCCAAUCUAAAACUUAUUUCGGUCCUUAACCGGAAGAAAAAUAAACAAAGGAAAAAUGAUGAAGAUCGCAACAGGUGAGCUGCUCCUCGCCAUAUUUGUUCAUCAUUCUGACGUCAGCAUUCUCUGGUCUCGCGACCACCUCUUCCUCACCAUGACAACGAUAGAUUUUUAGCAUCGCCAGGAGCUCUGCCGUCGUUCCUCCUCGUAUAGAGAAAUACAUACGUUCAACCGUGUCUUUAAAGUAGGUAUACGAACAAAUACUCAAUGUGGGGAGGCCAGCAGCGCUGAGAGGGAUCCUCAUGAGUGGGAGGCCAGCUGGAGGCAGAGGGAGACGCCGUUUAACUACGUGAGCAACAUGGCUCUGCUUCAGCAUCCUCGCCUGCUGCUCGCCUAUGUUUUGCUGUUGUCCGUCGGGAACCGUAUUGACGCUCGCUCUUCGCCAAUUUCAGAUUUAAAAUCUAAAAUAUCAGGGGUGGAGGAGCUCUUGGAGGAGUUCCGUAAGCAGCUGCAACAGGACCAGGCGUAUAGGGCGGGCGAUGCGAUUGACUCCUGCGUGGGCGACUUCAGUGAGGCUGGGGAGCGCAUCAUUCGGGCCAAGGCCUCCAUCGAACAAGGGGCCACCUUCCUGCUGGCUCCGGACCGGGUGUACACCUGGAAAGACUGCGUGCACGCCUGCUGUUCGCAGCCUCAUUGCACUGUGGCGGUGGUCCAGGAGGACCUGAGCCAGCCCGGAGAAAGUCUCGGCUGCUACCUGUUCAACUGCACCUACAGGAAUAAGAAUAUCUGUUCCUUCGCGCCGCAGCAAGGCUUUACCACGUACAGCCGGGCUACUAACACCACGCAGGGCCACCCUGUGUCAUCCGGGAGGUCCAGAGAAGAACUUCCCGAUGAGGAUGAAAGACAAGAGGUGGAUGAGCCUCCUCGCAGCGAUGCUGGACAGGAUGUGGUUAUCCAGCUGCCGACUGACUGGGCCGUACUGGAUGGCCGGGACAGUGUGGAUGACCACGGGAUCAGCCACUUUGAAUGGACUCUUGUUAAAGGAGAUACAACCAUCAAUAUGAAGGCUACUCACCCAGGCCUGCUGAAGAUCAGUGGUCUCCAGGAGGGUGUCUACACAUUCCAGAUGACAGUGAUUGACACAGCAGGACAGAAGAGCUCAGACAAUGUCUCUGUCACUGUGCUGGCACCAAAACACCAAGCAGAAGUAUGCACAGGCCACUGCUCCAACUACCAGUUCAAGUGUGAUGAUGGCUGCUGUAUUGACAUCUCCUACGCUUGUGAUGGGAAGCAACACUGCCCUGACCGUUCUGAUGAAGACUUCUGCACAAACUUUGAUAGCAGCCGGAAGUCAGUGACUCAUCCUGUAGACCCACUCAGUCCUCAAAGACCUGUAACCCAGACAGAGCAGGCUGGGGAUGCUUCCAUGCUCCCAGCUGGACCAAAAAAACCCAUCAUGUCACCACAGGACGGGAGCGAGGCUGCUCCUCCACACAGAAAACAGGAGGCUUCAUUCAGUCAAGAUCCAUGUGCAGCAGCCCCGGUUGUGGGGCCGUGUAAAGGCACCUUCGCACGGUGGUAUUACGACCAGCAGGCUGGUGAAUGCAAACACUUCCUGUACGGUGGUUGCCAGGGAAAUCAUAACAACUUCCUCCAGGAAUCUGACUGUGUCAGUGAAUGUAUACAGAACAGUCCAGUUUUCAGACCAGCAAGUGUAGCUCCUCCGGUCACCAAACAGACUGAGAUAGCUGCCCCUAAAGUCUCCCAAAGCCAGACAGAGAGCGGCAUCCCAAACUCCAAACCAAUUUCAGCUAUGGGAGGACAUCCAGGUCCAGAGUCAGGAGCAAUCCUUCCUCUGGCACUUGGCCUACUCAUCACCGCUCUGCUGCUGCUCAUGAUCGGCUGUCGUCUCAGACUCGUCCGCCACAAAAUGAAGAAAGCACGACCCCUAACCACAGAGGAGUCGGAUUACCUCAUCAACGGCAUGUAUCUGUAACCAGUCAGCUGGGCAGAGAAGCAUGAAACAACCAGAGCUGUCCACACUUUGAAUUUGAACUUUAACUUUCAUCCAGCCCAGCACCUUGAACUUGUCCUUAUUUCAAGAUGGUACAUUUAACACUCUGCUGUCAUGAACAUUUUACUUGCACCUGCACACUGAUCCUCCUCAGUCACCAACACGUAUUCAGAUGCUUGUGUAAUCAUACUUGUUAAGAAAUCUGACCAGUGAGGACAUAUCAGCCCUCAAACUGAUAGAUACAAAAAAUAGUAUUUUGUCUCUCAUCAUGAAUACUUCCUGACACACUGUUUAUGUUGAUCUCAGACAUUUGCGAUCCAUUUUCCGUAAACUGCUGCAGAAAAUGUGCUUUCUGCCACUGUGUGGCACUAGUGUGCCAUGUUUGUGCUGCAUGUUUUAUCUUAGUUAACAUGCUGGAAGGACUGACGAAACAUUGGAGUGCCUGUUUAAGUAGCUUACCACUGUAACCAAGGAAUUCUUCUUGAAGUUAGUCAGAAUCAGAUAAGCCAUAGUUAUUCUAUUGGUUAAUUUAUAUUUUCUUUACUAAGCAAACAUGUAGUAUACAUGCUUUAAAUAUAUUUGUGGAGAUGUGUACCCUCGAAGUGCUGUCUUUUAUGUGGCAUUGAGUUUAUCACACAUUAAAAUAAUGCUGGGAUAUGUUGACAAAGAACUUUGCAUUUCUUUCCCCAAUAUUUUUAUUUUACAUUGCUAAACAACCACAAAGGUAUUGAAGUCAUUAAGAGAUUAACUUCUUGAGAUUAACUUUUCUUCUGUUGCCAUUUUUGAUGCUCCACCAGAUGCUGUGGUCAUCAUGCAUUUAGACUGCUGUUUAGAGAAUUUGACAGUUUACAAAAAAAAAAACUAAAAGAAAAUUAAUUCAAAAAUCAAUUUCUGAAGUUGUAGCCUGUAUGCAAAAAUCCAAUAAUGAAAGGCAGACAAAACCAUAAGCAUCACUUUAUUUUCAUAUGCCAUUCCAGAUACUGUGAAAGCCAAAUAUCAUUUAAUCACCCAAAAAUAAAAUGUGCUUUAUGUUA